CCUCUACGCAUAUAAAAUCGUACACACCCGCCAUCAUCACCAUCGUAGAAGGCAUAAACCGGUUGAGGAAGUGAACCUUGAACCUACCUCCGGCGUCACACAACAACAACUGACCCCGAAACUCACUCGGCUUUAAGUGUCCACUACCCUCACCACGUUUCCUACUCUCCACUCACAAAUUACACAUACAUCCGCCGAAAAAACUAACAAUGGCCGAGAAGAACAACAACAAUGGCGUCGAGAACAAGAACAAGAACAACGACGGGGGUGAGAAGAAGAAGGCGGACGGCCCCAUCGCCUCUAAGAUUGUCAAAUGGGUCAAAUCUUUUCAGGGCGCUGAGUCGGUGAAAUCUGAAGGCCAAGCGAACAAGCUGACGGUGGUCGGAAAAGUGGACCCCACAAAGCUGAGAGACGAGCUGGCCACCAAGACCAAGAAUAAGGUCGACCCCGUCUCUCCCCAGCCCAAAAAGGACAACAAAGUCAACAAAGACGACGCCAACGACACCAAGAAAAAGAAGCCUGAGAAAACAGACAACGACGAAAAACCCAAAGAGAAAGAGGCUCCGUUGAAAUUGAGAAACUGGAGAGUUUUGAACCGGAUAAGCAUAAGCUUGGGAGUUUUUUAUUUAUUUAUGGUAACAAGCUUGACGUGUUCUAGUUUGUUAGAGCACAUUCCACACUUGAAAUAUUUGGAGGUGUCAAAGAUCGAAGUGCCCGAUGUGGUAAGCACAAACGACGGGAACGACGGGAACGACGGGAACGAUGGCAACGAUGGCAAUGGUGGUGGCGGUGUAGAGGAGAAGAAAAAGCAGGGAGAGGAGAGCAAUGGUGGUGGCAAAAUGAAGUAUACAGCGGGUCAGUCCGGCUUUGGACAAUUUCCAUAUGAAACGGUAUAUCGUCAUGGAUAUGGUUAUCAAAAUGGGGCUCUCAAAAUGGGGGAAAAAAUGUUGCUUCUUUGCUGUCAGGUAUUUGGCUUACUAGUGAUGUACAACCACUUGGCCAAGGACAUCUACACUAAUGUCACACUGCACACACACAGUGGCAGAUCUAUUAAAGCGCAAAAAGGUGCAGUUGCACCUCUCCUCGCUAGAAAAAUCAUUGCAAGUGCUUUAAAUUGCACCUCUCAGUUAGUGGUGGUGCACUCCAGAUGUACAGAUUACCUUAUUUCCAUUUUCAAUAUUUAAGUAAAUGUCUUUGCCCUUUUACUUUAAUUUAUGUUUAUAUUACUCUAUUUACUUAAGUUUACAAUGUAAAUAAAGAAGUGCUCCCUAUUUGGA